AUGUUAGGGUUUGGAGGAAACAGUUGCAGUGACGUUUCUUCUAUGGAUCAUCAUCAUCAUCAUCAUAUGAUGAACAAUAUUGAAUCUAGUGAUAGGAAGUUUCUUCCAUUUCCUCUCAACAAUAACUCUUCUGGUGUUCAAAAUCAUCAUCAUCAUCAUCAUAACUUUACUCACCACCACAACAACAACAAUAACAACACUUCUACAAGUGUUGUUGUUAGGGAUAAAAUCAUGGCUCAUCCUCUCUUUCCUCGUCUCUUGUCCUCUUACCUCAAUUGCUUAAAGGUUGGGGCACCACCUGAAGUGGUGGCUAGCUUAGAAGAAUCAUGUGCAAAAUGUGAAAUAUUGAAUGGUUCUUCAGGAAGGGCAGUAACUAGUUCUUGUAUAGGUGAAGAUCCAGGUUUGGAUCAGUUCAUGGAAGCAUAUUGUGAGAUGCUUAUUAAGUAUGAGCAAGAGCUUACAAAACCCUUCAAGGAAGCUAUGCUUUUUCUCUCAAGAAUUGAGUCUCAGCUUAAGGCUCUUGCUGUUUCAACUGACUUUGGUCAAAGUGAACCACCAUCGAUGAAUGAGAUUGAUAUUCAUGAUAACAACUUUGAUACUCAAGGUGAAGAUCAAGAAUUAAAAGUGCAGCUGUUGCGCAAGUAUAGUGGAUAUCUUGGCAGUCUCAAGAAAGAGUUUUUGAAGAAGAAAAAGAACGGAAAGUUACCAAAGGAAGCACGUCAACAACUACUCGAUUGGUGGAACCGGCAUUACAAAUGGCCCUAUCCAUCGGAAUCUCAAAAACAAGCACUUGCAGAAUCGACAGGGCUAGAUUUGAAACAGAUUAACAACUGGUUCAUUAAUCAGCGAAAACGACACUGGAAACCUUCUGAGGAUAUGCAAUUUGCUGUGAUGGAUGCCACAAACUACUACAUGGAAAAUGUAAUGUGCAAACCAUUUCCCAUGGAUGCCAUGCCUAUGCUUCUUUAG